AUGAAAUCCUGGCCCAUUUAUAAGAAAAAGUCUAAUGGUGUUGAUAACUCUAUCCGCGAAGAAGACUACGAGCGGAUCCCCUGCUGGAAGCGCAGUACAAAGGAAAAUAGUAUUAUAUUCUGCCUUUGCUCUCCAAGAGUAAGCGAUCGCCUUCUGUUAGAUGCUAUUAAGACCAAAUUCCCAAAUGAAAAAGUUAUCAGUUCCAAGAAAUUAUCAAAAUCAUGCGCUCUUGACCACACAUACUGCCCUUACAAUGCCCAUGAAUAUAUUCUAUCUUCAAAGGAGAUAUGUAAAGAACUAUACACUAACGGGUUAGUUAUUGAUAACAAGACCAUAUAUCCUAUACCAAGUCUUCCAUCCAAAUCAGAAAUUUAUGUUGGUAGAUUACUAUGUGUACCCAUCACGGAUGAAGAUUCGCCAGUGAAACAACUGGAGAAAUUUCUAAAGAAAUACGGAAAUCCCUUACACAUCCAACUAAAAAAAAUAUCAGAUUUGGACGAUAUUAGUUGGAAUGCUUUCGUAGUUUUGGACAGGACCGUUCCAACUAUAAAUAAAGCCCUCAGACUCAAAUCUUUGCUUCCUUUUAAUUUAGAAGAAUAUACCUUUGUUUUAUGUGAUUGGAUAAAGAUAGCGUAG